GAAAGCCAUCAGCUUGUAAGAUACAGUAACACACAACACAUCUGCAAGAAACACCAAGAGGUAGAGCACUCAGAUUCAGUUAUGGCACCCAGCAGAGAGGCGUGUGCGAUCGCCAUGGCCGUGGCAGCGCCGUUCAUCGCAAUGGCAAGCAACAUCAGCACCGACAACGUCGAGAAGCGGCGCAGGACCUCGUCCGACAUGCUCCAGCGCACCGUCUCCGACGUCUCCUUCCAGCUCCACCACCACGGCCCCGCCAAGGAGGAGGAAGAGGCGGCGGCAGAGGCGGAGAUGAAGCUGCUCCACCCGGUCUCGGAGGUGGAGGACGCCAAGUGCGAGUGCUGCGGCAUGUCGGAGGAGUGCACGCCGGAGUACAUCCGCGGCGUGCGCGGCCGGUUCUCGGGGCGGUGGAUCUGCGGGCUGUGCGCCGAGGCCGUGACGGAGGAGGCCGAGAAGAGCGGAGGGUCGCUGGAGGAGGCGCUCCGGACGCACAUGGGCGUGUGCAAGAGGUUCAACGGCUUUGGGAGGACGUACCCGGUGCUGUUCCAGGCGGAGGCCAUGAGGGAGAUCCUGAGGAAGCGGUCCAAGCUCGGGCCGAGGUCCAGGUCCGGCAUCAACCCCCGGGAGGUCAGGGAAACCGCCUCCAAGGCGAAGGCGAAGGCUUCGGCUGGCGCCGGCGGCAUCGCACGGAGCUCCAGCUGCAUGCCGUUCAUCACCGACGAGUUCAGCGACUAGACAGAGCUUAAUUCAGCGACGAGUUCAGCCUUCUUGUUGCAUGUUUUUGCCAUCUUUUUGGGCUAAGGGUGCAUACUUCACACGCCUUUUAGGGUGUUUUUUUGUUGCACCUCUAGCUUAUCUGGAAACUUGAGCAUCACUGUAGCAACACCAUAAGGCUUAAGCUUGUAGCUAGUCACCAGCCAUGUUCUGUUUUUCCAAGUUCAAAUAUGUCUUUAAUUUGGUGAUCGGACAGCCUUAAUUUGGCACUGAUCUUCGGUAAGGUUUAGAAGUUCUUAUUUGUUUU